UCCAACAUGGCGGCUGCGGCGACCCUGGCGAUGGCGGUGGAGCCCAUCAGAACAUAGUGGCGGGGAAGGGGGCACGGUCCGCACUCACGGUGGCGUCGGCAGAGACGACUGAGGGUGGUGGAGGGAAGAAAAGCGACGGAAAGCAAAAGGAAGGGCGGGCAGGCAAACAACUCGGCGUAGAACCGAGCGCCGGCUCGAGCGAAGGCAGAGGGCCAGAACAGUAGGGAUGGCGGAGCCACGCAGAGUAGCGUUUAUUAGCCUGUCACCGGUGAGGCGGCGCGAGGCCGACUACCCGGGGGCCGAACGCGAGCCCGAAUACCCUCGCGAGCCCCCCCGGCUGGAGCCGCAGCCGUACCGCGAACCGGCCCGGGUGGAGCAGCCCGCCCCGCGGGAGGCUACCCCCCGGUCGGACGCACAGCCCCCGCCGCGGGAGAAACCGCUCCCCCAGCGCGAGGUCAGCCGCGCCGAGCCGCCCAUGUCGCUGCAGCGGGAGCCCCCGCGGCCUGAGCCGCCGCCGCCGCCGCCGCCGCCGCUUUCUCAGCUGCACUUGCAGCCGCCCCCGCCGCGAGAGUCGGCUUCUCGGGCCGAGCCGCAGCAGAGGCCGCCGAGGGAGACAGUGCGCCUGGAGCUGGUGCUCAAGGAUCCCACCGACGAGAGCUGCGUGGAGUUCAGUUACCCGGAGCUGCUGCUGUGCGGAGAACAACGGAGGAAGCCCAUUCACACAGAAGACCCAUUUAAUGAUGAGCAUCAAGAGAGGCAAGAAGUGGAAAUGUUGGCUAAGAAGUUUGAAAUGAAAUAUGGUGGGAAACCCCGUAAACACCGGAAGGAUCGGCUACAAGAUUUAAUUGAUAUAGGCUUUGGCUAUGAUGAGACAGAUCCAUUUAUUGAUAACUCAGAGGCUUAUGACGAGUUAGUUCCUGCUUCUCUAACAACAAAAUAUGGAGGCUUUUACAUCAACACUGGCACUCUGCAGUUUCGCCAAGCUUCAGAUACUGAAGAAGAAGAUACUACAGACAACCAAAAGCACAAGCCGCCCAAAAUUCCCAAAAUAAAAGAAGAUGAUAUUGAAAUGAAGAAGCGGAAGCGGAAAGAGGAAGGGGAAAAGGAGAAGAAGCCAAGGAAAAAAGUACCCAAACAAUUGGGAGUUGUGGCUCUGAAUUCCCACAAGUCUGAAAAAAAGAAGAAACGUUAUAAAGAUUCUCUUUCUCUAGCUGCCAUGAUACGAAAAUUUCAGAAAGAGAAGGAUGCAUUGAAGAAGGAGCCUAACCCCAAAGUCCCAGUGAACUUAACGACCUCCUCUCUGAAUAAACCCCCCUCCACUGCUGUAGCAUUGGGAAAUGAUGUCCCGGACUUAAAUCUGAACAGUGCUGAUCCAGACCUCCCCAUUUUUGUUGGCACAAAUGAACAUGAACUGUUUCAGGAAGCUGAAAAUGCCCUAGAGAUGCUAGAUGAUUUCGACUUUGACAGAUUACUGGAUGCUGCUUCUGAUGGUAGCCCCCUCUCUGAGUCAGGGGGAGAGAAUGGAAACACCACCCAGCCAACCUAUGCCUCUCAGGUUAUGCCCAAGGUAGUGCCUACACUCCCAGAGGGUCUACCUGUCCUUCUUGAAAAACGCAUUGAAGACCUCCGUGUAGCUGCCAAACUUUUUGAUGAAGAAGGAAGGAAAAAGUUCUUUACACAGGAUAUGAAUAAUAUUCUUCUGGACAUUGAGUUACAGCUACAGGAACUAGGCCCUGGCAUUCGUAGUGGUGUCUACUCCCAUCUUGAAGCUUUUGUGCCAUGUAAUAAAGAAACACUGGUAAAACGUCUAAAGAAGUUACAUCUCAACGUCCAGGAUGAUCGUUUAAGAGAACCUCUGCAGAAACUGAAACUGGCUGUUAGCAACGUGAUGCCUGAACAGCUAUUUAAAUACCAGGAGGACUGCCAAGCUCGUAGUCAAGCUAAGUGUGCCAAGUUACAAACAGAUGAAGAACGAGAAAAAAAUGGAUCCGAGGAAGAUGAUGAUGAGAAACCAGGGAAACGUGUCAUAGGACCAAGAAAGAAAUUCCACUGGAAUGACACCAUCAGGGCAAAGAAAAAGGUGAUUCCUGCACCUAAACCCAAAGUGAAGGAGUGUAGUCCAAAAAAGGACCAGAAAACUGCAUCGUUGGUGGCUUCAGUUGGUGGUCCCUCAACGAGCUCUAGCACAUCUGCCGUGGCCUCCACCAGCUCUAGCUCCACACCAGCCCAGGAGACGAUCUGCCUUGAUGACUCACUAGAUGAAGACCUUUCUUUCCAUCCACCUGCACUGGAUCUUGUUUCUGAAGCUUUAGCUGUUAUCAACAAUGGGAACAAAGGCCCUCCAGCUGGCUCAAGGAUAAGCAUGCCAACUGCAAAACCUCGUCCAGGACUGAGAGAAGAAAAAUUAGCAAGUAUCAUGAGUAAGUUGCCGCUGGCUGCUCCUAAAAAACUAGAUUCUCCUCAGACUGCACAUUCAUCAAGUCUUAUUGCUGGUCAUACAGGGCCAGUACCAAAGAAACCCCAGGAUUUAGCUCAUACUGGCAUCUCUUCAGGCCUUAUUGCUGGUUCUUCAAUUCAGAACCCUAAAGUUUCCUUGGAACCUUUGCCAGCCAGGCUGCUUCAACAAGGACUACAGAGGUCGAGUCAGAUUCAUGCUUCUUCCUCUUCCCAGACCCACGUGUCCUCUUCCCAAGCCCAAGUUGCUGCCUCCUCUCACGCUCUGGGGACACCAGAGGCCCAGGAUGCUUCUUCGUUAACACAAGUAACAAAGGUGCACCAGCAUUCAGCUGUCCAGCAAAACUAUGUGUCUCCAUUACAAGCAACCAUUAGUAAAUCACAGACCAACCCAGUGGUGAAGUUAAGUAAUAAUCCCCAACUUGCCUGUUCAUCCCCGCUUAUUAAGACUUCGGAUAAGCCACUUAUGUACCGCCUUCCCUUAUCUACUCCCUCACCUGGAAAUGGUUCUCAAGGGUCCCACCCCCUGGUUUCUAGGACAGUACCCAGCACCACUACCUCCAGUAACUAUUUAGCCAAGGCUAUGGUGUCACAGAUGUCCACGCAGGGUUUCAAGUCUCCCUUCUCAAUGGCUGCAUCCCCCAAACUUGCCGCAUCUCCAAAACCUGCCACAUCUCCUAAACCCUUGCCCUCACCUAAGCCUUCCGCCUCACCCAAGCCCUCUCUGUCAGCUAAGCCUUCAGUAUCAACGAAACUUAUUUCUAAGUCCAACCCCACUCCCAAGCCUCCUGUACCCCCAAGCUCUUCCAGUCCAAAUGCACUAGUAGCCCAGAGUAGCCACUCCAGCAGUAACAACCCAGUCCAUAAACAACCCAGUGGGAUAAACCUCAGCAGACAGUCGCCCACCUUGAAUUUGCUGCCCUCUAAUCGCACUUCAGGCCUUCCAUCCACAAAAAAUCUUCAGGCCCCUUCAAAGCUCACAAAUUCCUCAUCCGCUGGAACUGUCGGGAAGAACAGCUUGAGUGGGAUUGCAGUGAAUGUACCUGCCAGCAGAGGUAGCAGCCUAAACUCAAGCGGAGCGAAUAGGACUAGUCUCUCUGGGGGAACAGGAAGUGGAACACAGGGUGCUACUAAACCGUCGUCUACUCCACAUAGACCAUCCUCUGCCUCAGGGUCUUCAGUGGUAACAGCCAGUGUGCAGUCCACAGCAGGAGCAUCAUUAUUGGCUAAUGCCUCACCUCUGACUCUCAUGACAUCACCUUUGUCUGUAACAAAUCAAAAUGUGACUCCUUUUGGGAUGCUGGGUGGCCUUGUUCCAGUGACCAUGCCCUUCCAGUUUCCCUUGGAGCUGCUUGGCUUUGGAACGGACACAGCUGGAGUGACAACCACCUCGGGAUCUACCUCAGCCGCUUUCCACCACAGCCUAACUCAGAAUUUACUAAAGGGUUUACAGCCAGGAGCUCAGCAUGCAGCAACACUUUCCCACUCACCUCUGCCUACACACUUACAGCAAACAUUCAAUGAUGGAGGCCAAAGUAAAGGGGACACUAAAUUACCACGGAAAUCUCAGUGACUUCCCAGCAAGCAAUGGAGAUGAGACACUCAGCCGGCGGAUGGAAUCUACCUGAUGGGAAAGUCCUCAUGUGGUCCUAGGGCUGCCGUUCUGUCGAUGUUUACAUUCUCUCGUCCCAAGCACUGUGGUGAGGAGGAAAAAAAGAAAAGAGAACGUUACUUGAGUAAAGCCAGGUGCAGGAGGAAGAAAUGCUUUCAUGCAAAGUUAGUGACCUUUGGUCUCCUCUAAAGAAAGACAAAGUUACCACAUUAACUGACUUGAAAGAGACUCAGUUGUCAAACCCACAGAAGUACAAAUUUGAUUUUUCCCCGGGGGAGGAAGAAGGAAUCUGAGGAUUUGGGUAUACUCCAUCCAUCCUGGGGGUUGGAUCUGAACACUUGUAGACAUACUUGCAUAAUAAAAGGCAAUAUAUCUGGAAUUAGGCCAGUUUGUCAGGAGUAACAAUCAUGUCUAUUUGAAUGGACUAUGCAGCAAAUUUGCUGCACCAAUUAAUGACCCUGUGUCUGAUACAGACAGUAGCUGAGUAAAUAUUGUACCCUCACAAAUCCUGAACAAACUUGAAUCUUCUCCAGUGUGUAGCAACUCCCCAUGUAAAUCAGUGGACUAAAUAUGCUUCAAGAAAUUUUAGCACAGUGAUACAUAAAAUCAUCGAGAUUUUUAAAAGUCAAGAAAUUGAGCCUGUUGCUCUUAACAGACGAAACUUAGAUGUCCCCUUUUUGUAAAAGGGUCAAUUUCAUCUUCCAUUCAGAAGCAGGUACUUAACUCUUCUUCAGGUGAUUUGUGCAUCUGGUAUUGACUGGUUAAUUCUUAUUUCCAUUCUUGAUGUUAAAAUGUGGCUUUGUUCACAUUUUUCUCUUCAGAAAUGGGGAUCUUUGAUGUAGGGCUGCGACUUUGGUGCUCUUAGCCCUUGCAGGCCUACCGUUCUGAACUGUAAAUUUCCCAAGCUUCCCCUCAAUUCACAACUUCUCCUGGUCUUUUAGCUAGUGGUACUUCAGGUGAUUCUUAAUUAUUGAUAUAGACAGGUGUAAGUGUGUACUGCACAUGCCUCUUCAUUGGUCAUUCAAAUGGCAUAUAUUAUAUUUUUGGAAUUUUUAAGAUAGUAUUUUAAAGGGAGGAAUUACAUUAGGAUCAUUAUGUGUACAAGGGAUUAUUUUUUAUAACAAUCACAAUGUAUUUUUACUCCCUGUAUCCAGUGUAGUGAAAUGGAUUUGGAGCAUUUGGGAUCUUAAAGCUUUAUUAAUAUUUACUGAGAAUAUUGAUAUGUGAGUAAACCUGCAGAUAAUAAUAAGACUGCUUAGUUAUUAUAGCUUCCUUAUGCAAAUACGUAUUCAACAAAGGAUGUUAAGGGAGAAAUUUAUGGUUCCUUUUGGAUGCAUUUAAUUUUUUUUAUUUAUUUUUUGCCUCAUCAUUGGUCUUGUCUCUAUCAAUCUCUCUCACUCUCUCUUUUUUUCUCCCUAUUUAGACUUCCGAAUGUUUUCAAACCAUGCCCAAGAUUGGUGUAAGCUUGAUCCAUUUAUAACAGACUAACCUAAAAAACAGCAUCAGAUUGGUAGUAGCAAUAUUUGCAUGUUUUCAUUACAAGUCACCCUCUACCUUUAAAUUUAUUCAAAGAAGUAUAUUAAUGUGGCCCCUUUUUUUCUUUUAUAAGCAAAAGUCCCAAAUAGCCUAUAGGACUGAAUGAGUUACCACAGAUCUGUUGAGAUCUGUAUUACCUGUAUUUUGACUUCAAAGUCACAUUGGCUUGCUUCAUAGCAAAAAGUUAAUAAGUAACUGAAAACUUUAGUUCCAAGAACUUGUUAAAGUAAGGGCAAAGGAUUAUUUCAGAGGAAUCAUUGAUAUAAUUACUUGCCUCUAAGAAUUUAGUUUACCAGUAGAACAAAUAAGAAUGUUGUGUCAACCCCAGUAGAUACUUUGAAAGGAUAUUGGGAUGUUGCCCAGCGGUUUGACUUGAAUUGAAUAUGUUUGAUUAAAGGUUGUUUGGCUUAUUUAAUUUAGGGAAGCUUACCCAAUUCUUGAGUUAAUACAAUGUAGUAUACCUGUUGCUUUUAUCUAAGUUGGAAAAAAAAAAGUCUUUGCUAAUACUGUAUAGGAGUUUGCCUUUGGGAAGCUAGCCCUGCUUUCACUUCCCACACCACGAGUCAGAGUGCAUAUUAAUCUCUCUUCCUGCUGAUAGUUGUGCAUGUAUUCAUCUGUGUGUAUACAUAAAUUUAUUUCUAUGUAAAAAUUCAUUACCAGUUUAAGUCAGGGAAUAAUUUCAGUUUCUUAAAUCCAUCAGUUCUGAAUCAUGCCAUGGGAAGAUCCCUGAUGAUUCUUUUGUCUCCAUUAGAGAAGAACAGAAUUAUCAAUUCUUCCCCCAAGUAUUAUUUUAUAACUAACCAGUAAAAAUAUCUGGAGACCCUUGGCUCUGAGAAGUCAUAUAUAUGGAGAUUAUAUUCUAUUUUCUUCAGUCUUGAUUCCAUGAGGACUGCAGCCAGAUCCCGCCCUCAGCCCCAUACCACAUUUUCACUAACUUAUGUCCGUUUCAGUCACGACUACCCUUUUGUGUUGUACAGAUGAAACAGGCAUCCUUCUAUUUCUUAAUAGAUAAGUAUGAUCAGAGAGCUCCUACAUGUAAAUACAGAACUAUUUCUUUUCUAGAUCAUAACAUUGAGAAUGGUGGCCAUACUUUAUGGGCACCUGUCUUUACAGUCUUUCUUACUAAAUACAAACAUAUAAAUUGGUUAUUUUUUAGCACAGAGACUUGUGACUCAUACUGUAUUUUUGCACUUAAAAGUCAAAUUAUGUUAUUUUUUAAAAUGGUGAGUAAUUGGAAAGGUUAUAGAGCAAUGUGUAUUUCUGAAGAGCAUUAGCAACAUCCCAAUGCAAAAAUAAUCAGCACACUUAAUUCUGUCCCACUCAGCGGGAUUCUUGAUUCAGGAAAAUUAAGCUGUUUGUUUUCAACGGUCUUGUACUUUAAAUUGCCUUCGCUGAUGUAUAAGCUGUUACUGUACAUACAAGUUAAUCCUCAGUAUUCACAAGCAAUAAUGGUCAGCAAAGUUGUCUUCCGAGAUAGCAGUGCUGAGCCUCAGUUGGAGACUGUUUGGGAGCAAAGUGUCAAGCUCAUUCCGAGCCUCCAAAAUCAAUGCAAGCAAUAAUUCCACUGUAACUCAAUUAUAAUUCUUUCUAAUAUGCUUCUGAGAUCAGAGGGUAAAAUAAAUCAUGGUUUUAAACUGAAGAAAAACGUUUCAGAAAAAGAAGUGAAGUUAAUCUGAAGUCACAAAAUCCUGAUAUUCUGAGGAAAUCAGAGGAUUGUGUUCGUACAUUAUUUUAUGCCUACCACCCCUUUGAUGGAUGUUGUUAGCCCAAAUUACACUUUUUUUUUAUAUCACAGAAGUUGAAUAGGGUUUAUUGCAUCACCAAGGAAGGGGGAAGAACCGGGCACAUACAUGUCUGGAUACUGUGGGUUUGACACCUGUUUGAAAACAACUUACUGGAAAAGAUUUUUAACCCAGGAUUUUUUUUUUUUUUUUUUUUUCCUUCCCAAAGCAGAUCUAAAUUGUUUACUACCCAGGGUUGGAAAGGGCAGGCCCCUCUAGUCUUUCUUCUCCGGUUGCCCUUACCACACCCCUUCCCGCCUCUACUUGGUUCACGACAGUUUCUGAGAUGGAAACUCUACUGUUAAUCAAACUGCCAUUGAUUGUGAGAACUCUCUGUCCCUUGGGACUGUCUCCUAGAACUCCAGUUGUCUAUCAUGUUUGCUGCUACACUUGUACAAUGAACUUUGCCUGUAUUGGUUGAUUAUAAUCUGAUUUACAGUUCUUUAUCUCUAGGAGGUUUUGUCAUAUAACUUGACCCAUAUAUAGAGUUAGGAUACUUUAUUUUAGGAGUGUACCAUAAAAGCACACUGGUCCCUGAGUUCUUUUUAUUAUCAUGUAGGUUUUGAAUUUGUGUUGGCUUACUUUUUGUUCGUUGAUGUUUUGUUUCUCUUUGUUUUAAAUUAGAAAUAGCAGAGUGAGAAAAAUCUAUAAUCAGGCCAAACUUGAGAACUUUCCCUUGUGCUUCAGCACUGUAGUUUCUGCUGACCAUAUGUUCUCAAAAGGGGCACUUUCACUUUCUAUUGUGCAUGUAUGAUUGUUUUGUUUUUUGCUUUUGUAAUAAUGAAGCAGAAAUGCAGUAGUGGGUAAAUGACCGAUUAUAAACAUGCAGUUUUAUUUUAUAAAAUUGAAGGGGAAAAGUUUAACUCUCUGUAAAUCAUUUCUUAGCCCUGGUAAAAUGCUUCUAUUACUCCUCUAAAACAUGCUCAAUUCAGGCCUUUGUCUUUGUUAAGUGCCUUUUUUUUCUUUCUUUUUCCCCCUCUUGAAAGUGUUCUCGGAUAUCCUAAAGUCCAGGCUAAUAAGUCAGGGGAUUCAGGAGGAAGAAUCUCAAACUUGCCAACGUCAUGUCAUGCUGUAAUAUUCUUCCUUUUCUUUAUAUGUAUAAGGAUAUAUGUAUAAGAUACAUACAUAUAUGUGUGUAUA